AUGGUCGACGAACAAUAUCUUCGAAUAUUUGGUGUCAAAGAAGAGCAAAGAGAAGAUGCGAAUCAAAUAGUAUUGUAUUUAGCCAAAGUAAUGGACAUUCCAGUGUUUGAAGAUAAUAUUUCCCAACCGCAUCGUGUUGGUAAGUACGAUCCACGAACUACGGCACGGCACCUAGACCUAUUAUCGUGUGGUUUUGUUCAUAUCGAGCUCGUGGAGAAUUUAAUUAUAGUCACCGAUUUUUAUUAUGUGUCGAUACGUGAGAAUUUAACAAAACAAAAUUCAGCCUUGUAUAAAUAUUGUUUAUAA